UUAAUGUCUGAGCUUCCGCUGUCGCGAUAGCAAACAUGGCGGCGUCCGCAAAUCCAGCUGUCGUCGACCAAACACCGACGACAGCCCCCUCGGGAAGACAAAGCAUCCCGUUUGACCCGUCAAAGCCUCCGGUCAUCGAGGGCUUCAGCCCUUUACGGGUGGUCAAAGAUGAAACAUUGAAAGAAAAGUUCUUGCGCAAAACCAAGGACAACCCGUUCGUCCCAAUAGGUUGCUUGGGGACGGCGGGAGCGUUGAUGUAUGGCCUCCGAGCGUUCCACCAGGGCAAAACCAGGCAGUCACAAUUGUUGAUGCGGGGCCGCAUCUUCGCCCAAGGCUUCACCGUCGCCGCACUCAUCGUUGGCGUCGUUGCCGCCGCACUCAAACCCAAACAGUGAGCAAGAGGCGGCACUGCAACUGUACAUUCUUCCAUUCACAGAUUCACUCACAGACUGUUUUAAGGAAUGGAAUACUGUAGUGCAAAUAUACACCGUAUAGACAUUAUCCAUAUACCAAUGAGUAGGACAGCCUUAUUUAUUGUUGGGAAAGAGAUUUUGGUCAUUUCAAAUGUGGCUUACCCAAGAGAUACUGUGCUGUAUUUUCUCUGCUUUGAUGUAAUUAUUUUAUUAAAAUGAUACCCCCACGUAA